AAUCACCAACCACAGAUUAAAAUUUGUUAUCAGUUGCCAUUGAGCAGUGUUGGUGUUAACAUCUUGUGAAGUGCCAAGUGACCUUACCUGAUAACAAAUUUUAAUCUGUGGUUGGUGAUUUUGAAAACCUUAAGUGGAAAAUUGAGAAGCGAUAGAACGCACCAGUGCUGCGCAAAAUUUUCCUUUUGUCAGCUUGGUCAUUAAAAAUUUUGAGAAGCAAGAGAAGGCACCAGUGCUGGAACAAAUUGAUUUUAAUGCCAAAGAGGUCCCUCUGGGACAUGAGAAUCGCAAACAAGGCUCCAUUUGCGAAAACCUGAGUCAAGUUGUGGCUAUUGCCUCGGAUAUCGCUGCCAGUGGCAGCUUUUACGACAAAAUUAGAAAGCAGCAAUUAUUGCCAGCGAACAUGGCUUCGACCAGUGAAUGUGGCAAGAUGCAGAUGCCAGUAGAUGGAACUAAUGGUGGACGUGAGGAAACCAUUAGUGACAUUGAAAACCGAAAAAAGCUAGUCGCUAUAAGAAAGGAGGGACGAAGUGGAAGCCAGAACACAAAUAAAGAGAUUGUUGAAAACGAAGAUUCUACGGAUGAUUUUCAACUAGUGACUUCCAAGAAACAGAGGAAAAGAAAGAGCAAGAAAAACUGUAGUUGCUCUGAAGGAGAGUCUCGAUACGAGCUAAUGAAAUUGAACCUGAGGCUAGGCCAACUCAUGAGUACAAUUGAGAGGCUAGAAGAAGAGAAGAAACAACUUGCAGCAAGAUUGGCUAGAGUAGAGAUGAAUUCAAUUGCUAUUUAUGAUCAGAAGGGGGCUGAUGCGACAGCCAGACCAGACGCCGAUUGGUCCAACGAGGUCAACUCUAUCGUGGAUGAAAUAAUGGAAGACGUCGCACCGCCGGCGACUAUGAUAUCACCAAGUAGCACAGGGGCUAUACCGAAAAAACAACAACAACCGAUACAUCAACAGCCGGAUCAACCGCAACAACAACGAAGACAGCAGCCGGCACCAUUGAAACAAGCAGCUAAAGAAGACAACAAUAACAAUGGUACAAACACCCAGAUGAAGAAGAUCAAUGGAGACGACAGGACUAAAGGUAAGGCCAGCCCUCCUGUGAUUAAGGUAUAUGGUUCGGAUGUGAAAUCUUUGACAUAUGAGCUUAGGGUAUUACUGGGUCAUAACUUAUUCACCAUUAAUAUAAUGAAUAGGAAUCUAAUUAGUCUCCAAUUGUCUAAGACGGAGGAACACACGAAGGUCAGAGAAUUCUUAAUGAAGAAAGGAUUAGAUUCAUAUACGUACACGCCCAAGGAGCUGAAGCCAUGCAGUUUGAUGGUGGAGGGUCUGUCUGGGACAUAUGAGAUAGACGACCUGAAGCUAUUUCUAGAAGAAUGUGGAUUGACAUUGAAUGUGAUGGGUGUGAUAAAACUGCGUGGUGAUAGAUGGAUUGUCCAGUUAGGUGGCGGUUCAGACAUCAAGGGAUUUUUCAGGAUACGGUAUAUACUUAGCUGUAGGGUGAGGAUAGCGAGGUAUAAGCGAGAGGGUCUGGCGCAAUGCCGCAACUGUCAACGGUUUGGCCAUGUUGCAUCGAAUUGUGGCAUGAAAUUUAGAUGCGUGAAAUGCGGGCGGGACCACGGACCCGCGAAAUGUGAAGUGCCGAACAAGGAGGCGAACACAGAGGAGAAUAUCACGACGGAUCCCGUGACAGGGCAGGUAGUGCGCAGGGUUGGACGGCCUGUCUACUGCGCCAAUUGCAAGGCAGAGGGACACGUGGCGAGUUCGAGAGAUUGCCCGAAGAGGAUUGAGUUAUUGGAGAGGAUUAAGGAGAGACGGACGGCCGGUCGUUUGGGAAUAAGAGUACCGAUUGCGGUUCCCCCUCCUCCACCCCCGAUAAGGCCGGGCACUUCGGCCACGACCUUUGCGAAUAUGAUGCGUACAUCGAGGCCUGCGACAAAUACGGCGCCCGUGGGGCCCACUGGGAUGGCUAGUAGAGUGGAUGGUAACAUGCGCAUGUUCGAUGAAGAGUGCAAGAGGCUCUUAGGUGGUGACUUUGUCACAUGUAUGAAGAAGGUGUCAGAGUAUGCGGCGACAUUUACCAAAUUCAGGACAGACGAGGAGAAGAUGCGAGGACUAUUUGGUCUAUUCUUUACUUUAGGAUUAGAUGGUUAAUUAUAAGGCUAUU